AACCCCCCGGAAGAGUAACUCUGGCUUCACUGCAGACCGUUCAAGAGUUUGCAAAUAACGGGCGAUGCUGAUUGUGUAAGUGUCUUGUGUGGGGUCCUCACUUGUGUUGCGGUCUGUGAUGGCGAAGGACGCUAACAGAGUCAGGCUUGCAGUUAGGAGAUGCUGUGUCACAAUGGGGCGGGCUGUGUGAGUGACGCCGCCGCUCACGCGCACUUACCUGCUAUUAGGUUGGCAGGAACAGGUGCGCUUACUCUAUAGGGUGCGAGCAUUGUAGCCCGGGAUCAUAGUACGCCGCCGGGUUGCUGACACAAGCGGGUCUUGGGGGCUCUCUUAAGCAAUGAGGGUAUGAUCACCGAGGGAAGCUGAACGUUUACGAUAGUUUCGAAACCAAAGCCGGUCUGUGCGCUUCGUAGCCUCCAGCAUACGCAGUCGGUGGUUAAGAGGAGGAGGAGUCAGUGUCGCCUACAUAGCCGGCUCCCGGAGCUGCUGCUGCCUGAGCAGUGGCGCGCAUACACCGUCCGCAUCGGACAUUCCGCCGCGCUCCGCUGGCAGCCUACCUCCCGAUCCAGAGAGAAAGGGGAUGACGCGCCACAUCCAGACGGGAAAUCGUUCUGACACAGACUGAUACAGAGAGAUCCAACCUCAGCCCCGGCUCCCUGACCCAGAUUGAGGAAGAUGAAGCUGGUGUCUGCUCUGAGCUGUAACCUCCUUUUCGUCCUCGUGGACAUAGUGGUUUCCACUGUCCUCUACAUCCAUGGGAACCAUCUGAACACGUUUGCAGAGGAAGUCUGGAACUUUGACAUUUUACGGUCUACGUUAGACCUGUGGGGGAUGCUGCUGGUCAGGGUCUCGCUGCUCCUGGGGGCUUCCAUUGGGCUGUAUAAGAACCGUGAGGAUGGGCCCCAGAGGACAAAGGACCUGGGGACGCUGAACUCGCUGCUCUGCCUCGUGGUCAUGGCUUAUGCCCUGGCCAAGCUACUGAUGUUCUCGGAGCAGGGUGCCAUGAUGUACGAGCCCUGGUUCCUCAGCCUGUUUAUCUGGACCUGCGUGGCGGCCAUGGGGACGGUGUUCAUGUGGCGCAUUCUCUCUAAGACCCCACGGGCCGAGAUGGGUGGAGGGGACAGCGAAGGGAUUGAAAGGCUGCUGGAUCAGGCAGCUGGGAACAGCUCGGAGGAAGAGGAAGAGGAGGAAUGUUCGGGAGCGAAGGUUUUGAAGAAGGGGCAGCCCACCGCCGGGGCCACGGUGGGCCUCCUCCUGUCCUACUGCCGGAAGGAUGCCGGUCUUCUGGGAGCCGCCCUCUUCUUCUUGCUCGUCUCUGCUGUGUGCGAGGCCUUCAUCCCCUACUACACUGGCCAGGCCAUCGACGGCAUUGUCAUCUACAAGAGCCUGCAGUACUUCGCUCAGCCCAUGAUCGCUCUCACCAUGCUGGCGCUUGUCAGCUCGCUGGCUAUAGGGAUUCGAGGGGGUGUCUUCUCACUCAUCUUUGCCAGGUUAAACAUCCGCCUGCGUAAUCUUCUCUUCAGGUCACUAAUGCGACAGGACAUCGGUUUUUUCGAUGCCAACCACACAGGUGACAUCAUCUCCCGGUUGACAUCGGACACCACACAAGUGAGCGACCUGAUCUCAGAGAACGUCAACCUGUUCCUGCGCAAUCUGGUGAAGGCGCUGGGCUUCUGCGUCUUCAUGUUUGGCAUGUCCUGGAAGCUGACUCUGGUUACCAUCAUGGGCUUCCCCUUCAUCGCUGUCAUCUCCCAACUCUAUGGGGACUAUUACAAGAGGCUAACAAAAGAGGUGCAGAGUGCAUUGGCUCAGGCCAACAAGGUGGCCGAGGAGACCAUAUCGGCCAUGAAGACGGUUCGCAGCUUCGCCACCGAGGAGCUAGAGGCCGACACUUACUACCAGAAGCUACAGGAGAUGUUUGAGCUCAACAAGAAGCAGGCCAUCGCCUAUUCCUGCUUCAUGUGGUCCAGUUGUAUAUCAGAGCUAGUUCUGCAGGUGGGGAUCCUGUUCUACGGGGGCCAUCUGGUAGUGUCGAGUCAGAUGAGCGGGGGCACCCUCAUUUCCUUUGUCAUCUAUGAGCUGGAGCUGGGAGAGUGCUUGGAGAGCAUUGCCUCGGUCUACACGGGGUUGAUGCAGGGGGUUGGGGCGGCCGAGAAGGUCUUUGAGUACAUCAACCGGGUCCCCGAACUGCCGCAGGAUGGACAGGAGGCCCCAGACACCUGCAAAGGACUGGUGGAGUUCAAGAAUGUCACAUUUUCCUACCCGACACGCCCUGAAACUCCCGUAUUAAAGGACGUGUCCUUCAUGGUGCGACCGGGUCAGGUCACGGCCCUGGUGGGACCGUCAGGUAGCGGCAAGAGCUCCUGCGUCUCUCUUCUGGAGAAUUUCUACAGCCCCCAGCAGGGCCAAGUGCUGCUGGAUGGACGGCCCGUGAACUCCUACCAGCACACCUACCUACACUCCAAAGUAGCACUGGUGGGUCAGGAGCCUGUCCUGUUUGCCCGUUCUGUCCAGAAGAACAUAUCCUAUGGUCUGGGGGACUGUCCAAUGGAAAGUGUGGUACAGGCUGCCUCCAAAGCCAACGCGCACGACUUCAUCUGUGGGCUCUCCAGGGGCUACGAGACAGGUGUGGGAGAAAAGGGCACCCAGCUUUCGGGGGGGCAGAAGCAGAGAGUGGCCAUCGCCCGCGCCCUCAUACGACAGCCCCACGUUCUCAUCCUGGACGAGGCCACCAGCGCCCUGGAUGCUGAGAGCGAGCACAUUGUCCAGCAAGCCCUGAGCAACUCCAUGCAGAAGCGGACAGUUCUGGUGAUCGCACACCGCCUGAGCACGGUGGAGAAGGCCGACAGCAUCAUCGUGGUGGACCGAGGCCGCGUGGCUGAGCAGGGCAGCCACAGGGAACUCGUGGCUCGGGGGGGGCUGUACUGUAAGCUGGUGCAGAGACAGGUCCUGGGCAUUCAGACGGGAGAUGAGCAGGUCUGUGGCCAGGAUACAACCCCGUGUCCAGAAGGGGGUGGCAGGCGGGCAGCCCGACGGGAGAGCGGUGGCUCAGAGGACCUGCCCCGGUACUGAGAUGACGGGUAGAACCGCUUAGGGUUCUCAAUUUAAUGCACUGUAUUAUACAGUAGAAUUUUUAUCAUAAUAUUUUACUGUAACAGAAGUCAAAGUAAUAUAUUAAUAAAAGUAAUAUAUUACCCAUGUUGUAGAAAUUUAUGAAACUUAGUCAGUGCUUUGGAAUAUGUCGUUUAUUAUUGAGCUCAAGGGAACAAGCACUUCGAUGUUAUCUCCGUGGUAAUGUUCCAGGCUAUCUGGUCAACAGCCUUUAUAGGGGUACAUUCACAGUUCACGCCCCCUCCUCUGAACCAGAUCAAACUGGUUAAGGUAGGGCGUGCACUUUGUAACACAUAUGCCUUAUGCAGUUUGCAUCCUGCAAGCAUGUAUACGUCACAUGAUCAGCAUGAUGAAGGCCUGGGGCACAUGGGGGCCGUCUAUGCUUUUGCAUGGCCUCUGGCUUUGUGGUGUUUUAAAAAUUUUAAAGACUAGAAUGAUGUAAUUCCACUGUAUAAACAGUGAUUCCAGUUGUUAUGUCUCUAAUAUAAAGAAACCAUUUUCGUGAUUGCUGUGCUAAUUGAUUUAUGCAAGGACUUUUCUGCAUCUGUUAAUAUUACAUUAUUGUAUAUAUUUACACAUAACUACAUAUUCAUAUGUCUUAUGGUUUUAUUCACACAUUUGCAUCCCUAGGCAGAAUUAUAGGGAUUUUUUAAUUUAUUAUAGAUACAUUUUUCAAUAUUGCCUAGUGAAUCUGACUUUAUUUUUGAUGCAUAUUGAAAUAACAAAAAUGAACAACAUACAAAAAUACGACAUAUAAUUUUAAAUCAUGUUGGCUUGUUUUAAAUUCAUUUUUAUGUGUGUAUUUAGCAAACAAAAUGAACAUGAGCUGACUGCGUGUGGACAUGUAUGUAUGUAUGUAUGUAUGCGUGCAUGGCAG